GGAAAUCAUCGCGCUGUCAAACGGGUAUUGUUUUGACAGUUUGGCGUUGUGCGAGCUGUCAAAUUCUUUCGACGUCCUUCUUUUCCGGCCUUAUACGGUUGUUGUGCGAACACAUUUUUACCAAGGGCCCGCACUGUAGCCUAACUCAUUCAAGAUGGUGAAGGGAAAUCAUAUGAUUCCAAAUGCCCACUUCCACAAGUACUGGCAGCGACACAUCCGGACCUGGUUCAACCAGCCGGCCCGCAAGUACCGCCGCAGGCAGAACCGCAUCAAGAAGGCCAAGGCCGUGUUCCCACGUCCGGCUUCCGGUCCGCUGCGCCCGAUCGUGCACUGCCCCUCGCAACGGUACAACACCAAGAUCCGACCGGGACGCGGAUUCACCCUGGCUGAGCUGAAGGGUGCCGGUUUGACCAAGGGCUUCGCCCAGACCGUCGGCAUUGCUGUGGAUCCUCGCCGCCAGAACAAGUCGGUCGAGAGCCGGCAGCAGAACAUUCAGCGGCUGAAGGAGUACCGCAGCAAGCUGAUUCUGUUCCCGAUCCACCCGAAGAAGAAGCUGCGCAAGGGCGAAGCCUCCGAGGAGGAACGCAAACUGGCCACGCAGCUGCGCGGACCGGUUCUGCCGAUCGUCAACGAGAAGCCGGCCGUCGAGUUCCGUGCGAUCACCGAGAAGGAGAAGAAGUUCUCCGCUUUCCUCGCCGUUCGCCAGGCUCGUCUGCACGCUCGCAACUUCGGAAUUCGGGCCAAGAAGGCCAAGGAGAACGCCGAGAACGAGAGCAACCAGCCGGGAGCUGGUGGAGACAAGAAGGCCAAGAAGUGAUGCGAUUGAGCUGGGCCUGUACAAUUUUAUUCACUACUUUUUCGUGUAUUUAAGAUGAAUGCGCCGCCACGCAGGUGUAAUAAGAAACGUUUUGGAUAAAAUGUUCCAAUUCCAAUAGGUUA